AUGUCGCUCCUAGCAACGCUGCGACCUCAGCUGCUGCGCACCGCGGCAGCGACGACGGGCUCGACGGCCUCGACGUCGUCGCUCCUCGUCGCCAGCCCCUUCUACGGCCCCUCGCCCUCGUCGUCGGUGCUGCCGUCGUUUGCGUUCGGAGGCUCGGUCCAGACGCGUAACUCUACCAAGCGAGGCGGCGGCUCUACAAAGAACAACCGCAACUCUGCCGGUAGGAGGUUGGGCGUCAAGCGUCAUUCCGGUCAAUACGUCCAGGCGGGAGAGAUCAUCUACCGCCAGCGCGGCACGUCGUGGCACGCCGGUCCCAACGUCGCAAUGGGCCGCGACCACACCCUCUUUGCCACCUCGUCCGGCUACGUCCACUUCUUCUACCCCAACCCCGCAACCCCCGCCACCUCCUUCUCAACAGCCACCACCACCACACCGUCCUCGUCCUCGUCCCCGUCUUCGACUUCGACUGGGGCCCUGCCGGCGCUAGCGCAAAAGACCUACGUCGCCCCGGACCUCGUCACGGUGCCGCACCCGUCGAGCAAAAAGCAGACGCGUCGCUACGUCGGCGUCAGCCUCGUCCCCGACGCCGCCUUCCCGCGGCCCCAGGGCGAAAAGAGGCAGCGCAAGUUUGAAAAAAUCGACAUCAACGACCUCAACAAGCAGAUCAAGGCCGUCAGGCUCCACAAUGCCGAGGCGGCCCUCUGA